GGUAUAUACACCUGGGGAAUGCUCACAUUACCCUCACUGGGAUCAGUGACAAGGCAUGAGCGGCCAAGGCGGUCGUCGUCGGAUGUUGAUGUGAAUGGGUGUAUAGAUACCACCUUGUGUCCGGCGUAUGCAACCUGCACCAACACUUCAACAAGUUACUACUGUGCUUGCAAAAGAGGUUUCCUGUCCAGCAAUGGAUUGAAGACAUUUAAGGGCCCAGGAGUGGAAUGCAAAGAUAUAGAUGAAUGCUCUCAAAGGCCCACACCAUGUGGCCCUAACUCAAUCUGCAGAAAUCUGCCUGGGAGAUAUAGGUGCAGCUGUAUGACUGGUUUCUCUUCUCCCACUGGAAAUAACUGGAUCUCAGGAAAGCGAGGCCGUUUCACCUGUAGAGACUUUAAUGAAUGCCUCUCCCUUGGGGUCUGCCCUGAGUAUUCUGAGUGCAUCAACUCUUUGGGAAGCUACUGUUGCAGCUGCAAAGUUGGAUUCACCUUUAAAAACUCCAUCUGUGAAAAUGUGGACGAAUGUGCCAAUCCCAGAAGUUGCCCAGAGCAUUCGACUUGCCACAACAGUGUUGGAAGCUACUCUUGUGUCUGCAACCCAGGUUUUCAAUCCAGAAGUGGAAGGAAAAGUUUCCAGGGGCGAGGAGAGAUGUGUGAAGAUGUUGAUGAGUGCCUUGACAGGUGCCUUUUCAAUGGGACAUGCACCAACACCCCUGGGAGCUAUUUUUGCACCUGCCACCCUGGCUUUGCACCAAGCAAUGGACAACUCAACUCCAAAGAUCAAAAGGCAGACUGCAUAGAUAUCGACGAGUGCCUUCAGGAUCCCUCACGAUGUGGCCCAAAUUCUGUCUGCACCAACACCCUGGGCUCCUACAGCUGUGGCUGCAUUGUAGGUUUUCAUCCCAAUCCAGAAGGCUCCUGGAAACAUGGCAACUUCAGCUGCCAAAGGAUUCCCUUCAAGUGUAAAGAUGAUGUGAUAGGCAACAACAUGCAGGUCCAGUUAUGCCAUGUGGGAGCAGCAGAGGAGCCUAAAUAUGUUUCCUUUUGUGCGCUGAUGAAUGACACCCUCAGCGUUCUGGACAAUGUCUGUAAAAACAAAACCACCGUCGUCUCUCUGAAGAAUACAGCUGAGAAAUUUGCCUCUGUGAUUGAAAACACAUCCAAGUGGUCCAACUUCACCAAAGAAGAGACCUCUACACUGGCCACAGUCUUGCUGGAGAGCGUGCAAAGCACCACAUUGGCAGCUUUUCUGAAACCCUCAGCGAAUGUCAGUCAGACUAUUCAGACGAAACAUUUAGAUAUUGAGAGCAAAGUGAUCGACAAAGAAUGCACUAAGGAGAAUGAGACAUUUAAGUUGAAAGCAAAAGGGGAUGAAAUGAAGAUUUGGUGUUCCACAAUCGAAGAAUCGGAAUCCACAGGGAUCAACGCGGUGGCUUUCGUUUCCUUUGCGGGCAUGGAGUCUAUUUUGGAUGAGCGCUUCUUGCAAGAUCUUCAGAUCCCCUGGGCCAACUCUAAGAAGAAGCUGAAGAUGAAUUCUCGCGUUGUUGGGGGCAUCAUAACAGGAGGGAAGAAAGACGGGUUCUCUAAACCAGUCAUCUACACUCUGGAGAACAUCAAGCCAAAGCAGGAUUUUGAGAGUGCUAUCUGCGUUUCCUGGAGACCGGAUGUGGAGGGAGGCAGAUGGACACCAUCAGGCUGUGUGCUCCUUGAAGCUUCCAAGACACAUACUGUCUGUGGCUGUAAUCGAAUGGUGAACUUGGCCGUCAUCAUGGCUUCUGGGGAGGUCACGAUGGAGUUCACCCUGUACCUCAUUAGUCAUGUCGGCACGAUCAUCUCACUGGUGUGUCUUGCCGUGGCCAUCAUCACCUUCCUUCUGUGUCGUACCCUCCGAAACCAGAACACCUACAUCCACCUGCACCUCUGCAUAUGCCUCUUCUUGGCCAAGAUACUGUUUCUCACUGGUGCGGACAAGACCGACAACCAGAUGGGCUGCGCCCUCAUCGCAGGCUUUCUGCACUACCUUUUCCUUGCGUGCUUCUUCUGGAUGCUGGUGGAGGCUGUGGUGCUCUUCCUUAUGGUCAGGAACCUGAAAGUGGUGAAUUACUUCAGUUCUCGAAACAUCAAGAUGCUGUAUCUCUGUGCCUUUGGCUAUGGGCUCCCAGGGCUGGUGGUGGCUGUCUCUGCUGGCUUACAACCGCAUGGUUAUGGGAUGUAUAAUCGCUGCUGGCUGAAUACAGAAACAGGGUUCAUCUGGAGCUUCCUGGGGCCAGUGUGCACAAUUAUAGUGGUCAAUUCCAUCCUCCUGACAUGGACACUAUGUAUCCUGAGGCAGAAGCUUUCUAGCGUCAAUUCAGAAGUCUCCACGCUCAAAGACACCAGGUUACUGACCUUCAAAGCCUUUGCCCAGAUCUUCAUCUUGGGGUGCUCCUGGGUGUUGGGCAUUUUCCAAAUUGGACCUGUGGCCAAUAUCAUGGCUUAUCUGUUCACCGUCAUCAACAGCUUGCAGGGGGCCUUCAUCUUCCUCAUUCAUUGUCUGCUCAGCCGCCAGGUACGGGAAGAAUAUAGAAGAUGCAUGGCCAGGAAGACCAAACCCAGCUCUGAGACCCAGACCUCAGGGAUCGUACUGUCAUCCGUUCCCUCCACUUCCAAAACGGGUUGAAGUCCCUUCUUGCUUUCAAAUACACAAUGGAAUAACAUCUCAGGAAAGCAGGUGCCUGCAGAAGCCUUCUUUGAAAUCUCUUCUCAGCUUAAUGUGGAAAUGCAGUAUCUCGCCAGCCCUAGAACUCUCUGGACAAUUUGGAUUAUGGAUGAUUGGGUGGGGUGGUCUUCCCAUGGCUUCCUGUCCUGGUGAGAAAAGAAGAGCUUCUGUUCCAGCUUACCAUUUUACCUUCCAUGUUCUUCAACUCUGACUUUUCAGAGUUUUGUGGAGACAACAGAUCGCAGUGCAAUGGCAGGACCAAGAACUUCUGGCUACCACUUUGAUUUAUCCUCAGUCCAUUGAUGUGUGGCUUUAAGCAUGCCUCUCCAGCUUCUAUCACAUGCUUCACACACAG